AUGGAGAAAGAGAAGACUAAGAGUGCCCAUGUCCUGCUUCUUCCCUAUCCAGCUCAAGGCCACAUAAACCCACUCCUCCAAUUUGCCCAUCGCCUCACCGCCAACGGCCUGAGGGUCACCCUCGCGGUCCCGAUUCGAUGCUGCAAUGAUGUCAACAAAACCGACCCCUCGGCCCUCACCUCCAUUAACCUCGAAUUCAUCUCCGAUGGACAUGAUGGUGGCUUGCCAUCGGAUUUCGAUGCAGAGACUUAUGAGGCCGAACUCCACCAUGUCGGGUCACAGACAUUGGAUGACCUCAUAGCUCGACUCAAUGCACAGGGUUCCCGACUCGUCUGCCUCAUCUAUGAUUCGUUCCAUACGUGGGCCUUCAACGUCGCCCGCCCAUGCCCAUGGCAUCCUUGGAGUCGCCUUCCUAACACAGUCUUGUGCGACUGUCUGAAUUGGCUAGAUCAAAGGCCAACCAGAUCAGUAGUGUAUGUUUCCUUUGGGAGCAUGGCUGCUUUGUCCGCCGAGCAAAUGGAGGAGAUUGCUAGCGCCUUGCGCUUGAGCAAAUGGCCUUUCCUAUGGGUGGUGAGGCCCCCCCUCGAACACCAAAAGGGCGGGAAUUCCCUUCCCGAAGGAUUUGCAGAGGCCACCUCCAAGCAAGGGCUCGUGGUGCCAUGGUGCUCCCAGCUUGAUGUCCUAGCACAUCAAGCUGUUGGUUGUUUCGUGACUCACUGCGGUUGGAACUCGAAACUGGAGGGGCUAAGCCAAGGGGUUCCCAUGAUCGCAGCUCCCCUGUGGAGUGACCAGCAAACGAACUCGAAAUUCAUUUCUGACGUCUGGGAGGUAGGGGUGCGAGUCGAGGUUGACGAAAAUGAAGUCCUUCGCAGAGGAGAACUUGAAAGGUGCAUAAAGGAGUUCAUGGAAGGGGAGAGGGGAGAUCAGUUGAGGAAGAAUGCACAUAAGUGGAGAGAUUUGGCCAGGGAAGCUAUGAACGAGGGGGGAAGUUCUGAUAACAACACCAAAGAAUUUGCAGCCAUGGUUUCCAAUGGCCACUUCAACAAGUAG